CAGUGUAAAGAACUCCACAAAAAAAAGCUGUAAAAAUUGAUUACUCUUCUGUUAAACUUUCUUCUAGAUAAUGUUUUUAAAUCUAUUUUUAAUACUAUCAACCUUAAUCUUCAUAAAUGGUAACAGCCCUGAGGAAGAACAAGGAGUACGAUACGCAAACCGUUGUGAGACUUGUAAAAUAUUGGCAAACGAAUUACAAGAUCGACUUCAAGAAACAGGAAGAUCCCAUGACGUUCUUGAAUUGGGUUACUCUUUAGAUGACGUAAAACCCAAACGACGCACAGAAUACAAGCGUAGCGAAUUACGUCUCCUUGAGUCUAUGGAAGAUGUGUGUCAACGUAUGUUAAAUUAUAAUUUACAUAAAGAACGUUCGGAUAGUACACGUUUUGCUAAAGGCAUGUCACAGACUUUUAAAACUCUUCACGGUUUAGUAGAAAAAGGCGUGAAAGUUGAGCUGGGCAUACCGUACGAAUUAUGGGACAAGCCGCCAGUGGAAGUAACCCAAAUGAAGACACAAUGUGAAAACAUGCUCGAGCAAUAUGAAGAUGCAAUAUCAGACUGGUAUUUUAAUAAGCAGGAUGUUAAGGAUCUGAUUACACAUUUGUGUGCGGAGCAAGUGCUAAGCGCUGAAGAAAGUAACUGUCUUAAAGAGGCAGACGAUAAUAACGCUAAGGAGUUUAAUAAAAAAAAAGCUAAACAUAAAGCAAAUAAUGUCAAAGGCGACAAUGAAGAAUUGUAAAGUGUUUGUAACGCCAAAUUGAGAUUAAAUAGCUAUAA